AUGGCACUGGGCGAGGUGACGCGCGUGGCGCUGCAGGUGUUUAAAGCGACGGGCGGGCUGGUGUGGAAGCGACACCCCAUAAACCACACGCGUCGCGCUAACGCCAAGACGCGCCACGCGCGCAUCCGACAUGCUGAGGAGGUGCUGCGAGUGUGCGCUGCUGCACCUCCACUUGCUGCCGAUCCCGCCCACUCUCCUCCACCACAUGAGGCUGCUCCAAGGCAGCAAGCACAAGGCUCAUCAUAG